AUGCUUGGGCUCCCCAGUGCGAUGAUCGCGUACACACUCGUCUUAGGCUUCAUCGGCCUGGUUGUUUUUGAUUACAUCUGGAACCUCGCCCAAAAUAUUCGCAAAGCGCAGCGCACUAAGCUUCCUUAUGUUGCGUCCCCGUACAAUGUCAGCAUUAUAUUCAUAAUAUUGUUCGGCUGGCUACUCCCGCUCCUUGCAGAGUAUUGUCUUCCCCAAUGGAUGGGCGAUCUCCUGUACGAUAAUGUCGGCACCUAUCGCUGGACUGUCAGGAAUCGCCAGGUGAAGAGGUACGGGAAGGUCUACAUACUGGUCAAUCCUCGGGGUGUUUUUUGUAGCGUUGCAGAUGCUUCUGUGGUCUGCCAGAUCGUCAAUGCCCGACAGGACUUUCCAAAGCCAGUCAAGCUAUAUCGCAUAUUGGAUAUGUAUGGGCCUAAUGUCGUCACGUGUGAGGACAAAGAAUGGUCUCACCACCGUCGAUACACGGCAACCACGUUCCAUGAGAAGAAUAAUGCCCUGGUAUGGGAAGAGUCUAUUCAACAAACACAGGACAUGAUCGCGCAAUGGGCGGAGGCGUCCCCUCUAGAUUCCACUCGUGGAUCGGGAUUCACGGUGGAAAGUACUAGGGACGACAUCCACAAGCUUACCCUGAACGUGCUCUCGGGCGCUGGGUUUGGAGUAAAGGCGCCCUUCAAGCUACUGCCUCAGGAUUCGCUCAAGAACCCGGAGGACAUUUUCAGGGACAGUCCCACCCCACCGACAGGAUUCGACUUUACAUUCCGAUCAGUAGUGGCUUAUAUGAAUCUGCACAUCCCCACCAUGGCACUGGCGAACAACAUGCUACCUAAAUGGGUCCCGAGACCGUUGGUUCCGUUCUUCAAGCAAGACUUUGCGGCUCACCGGGAUCUAGACAAGUAUCUACAGAGGUUGAUUACUACCACAGAAUCAAGAUUAAGCGGAGAAGAAAAUCCCUCAAAUCUCAUCGAAGGCAUGUUAAUCUCCAGGAAGCCUGGGGAUACCAAGGACGCAGGUCUUUCUGACCGAGAAAUCAUCAGCAAUAUGCAUUUGUUUACCAUUGCUGGGCAUGAAACGACAGCAACAACCUCGAGAUUUGCUUUGGUACUGCUUGCUCUCCAUCAAAAUGUUCAAGACUGGGUACAUAACGGCAUAUCCGAGGCGACCAAAGAUAAACUGCCGAAUAUUGAGGACUGGAACUACGAUGAUGCAUUCCCUAAGCUCGUCACCCCUCUUUGUGUGAUGCUCGAGACGAUGCGCCUCUACCCUCCGGUUAUCACCAUACCAAAAUGUACAGGGGACUCACCGAGCGUCAUCCACUACGACGGCAAAGACUACGUCUUGGAACCAGGCACCUACAUAAACUUGAAUACGAAUGGUCUUCACUAUUCUGAAGAAUACUGGGGGGACGACGCCACGCUAUUUCAACCACAGAGGUGGGAUGCGCGCAACAAGGGUAGCUUCUUGGCCAGAAACGCCGAUCUACCUGGACUCGCUGGCCCGGGGUUGGAAUAUCCUACUAUCCAUAAACCCGUCCGAGGUGCCUAUAUCCCAUUUAGCGAUGGGUUCCGCGCAUGCCUGGGAAAGAAGUUCUCGCAGGUCGAAUUUGUUGCUGCGCUUACGACAGUUCUCCGACAGUACCGCAUCGAGUUGGCCGACAGCAGUGAAAAGGGCAGAAUCAAUGCUGAAAGAGUGUUGAACCAAAGCACCUCGAUUAUAACCUUGGCUAUGGGGGAGGAAGUACCGCUUCUUUUCCGAAGGAGAUGA